CUUGCCGUGUCUUCCCACAUCACGACCGUUUCCAACCUUCUCCCCGCCACGGCCUACAACUGCUGCGUCUCGAGUGUCAGCCGGGACACCGCCAGCGCGCCCACCUUCAUCGAGGUCUCCACCUUGGCUGUGGAGAUGAACGGGAACGUGGUGGCGAUCUCGGUGCUCGCCCUGCUCAGCACAUUGCUCAUCGCCCUGCUGCUUCUCACCCUCCUCAUCCUCAGGAAGAAACACCUGCAGAUGGCCAGAGAGUGUGGCGCCCGGACCUUCGUCAACUUUGCGUCCCUGGAGCAGGACGGAAAACUUCCCUAUAAUUGGAGUAAAAAUGGUUUGAAGAAGAGAAAACUGACUAACCCGGUUCAGCUGGAUGACUUUGAUUCCUACAUCAAGGACAUGGCCAAAGAUUCGGACUACAAAUUUUCUCUACAAUUUGAGGAGUUGAAGCUGGUUGGCCUGAACAUCCCACAUUACGCGGCUGACCUGCCCCUGAACCACUGCAAGAACCGCUACACCAACAUCCUGCCCUACGACUUCAGUCGGGUGAAGCUGGUCUCGGUGAACGGAGAGGAAGGUGCCGACUACAUCAACGCCAACUACAUUCCCGGGUACAACUCGCCCCAGGAGUACAUUGCCACGCAGGGCCCCCUGCCCGAAACCAGGAGCGACUUCUGGAAGAUGGUCCUGCAGCAGAAAUCCCAGAUGAUUGUCAUGCUCACGCAGUGCAACGAGAAAAGGAGGGUCAAGUGCGACCACUACUGGCCGUUCACCCCCGAGCCCACGGCCUACGGAGACAUCACUGUGGAGAUGCUGUCGGAGGAAGACAAGGAGCACUGGGCCUGCAGACGCUUCCGGGUCCAUUACGCCGACGAGACGCAGGACGUGACGCACUUUAACUACACGUGGCCCGAUCACGGGGUACCCAGCGCCAACGCCGCCGAGAGCAUCUUGCAGUUUGUAUACCUGGUCCGGCGGCACGCCAGCAAGAGCAAAGGCCCUGUGGUCAUUCACUGCAGCGCGGGCGUGGGGCGGACCGGAACCUUCAUCGCCCUGGACAGACUCCUGCAGCACGUGCGGGACCACGAGGUUCGUGGACAUCCUGGGCUGGUGUCGGAGAUGCGCGCGCACAGGAUGUGCAUGGUGCAGACGGAGGAGCAGUACAUCUUCAUCCACCAGUGCGUGCAGCUCAUGUGGAGGAAGAAGAGGCAGCAGUUCCGCAUCAGCGACGUCAUCUACGAGAACGUGAGCAAGUCCUAG